CCACCCCCGCUCCCUCAUGUCCCUGCCCCCCCCUCAUGUCCCUGCACCCUACAUCUGCCUGUCUGCAUUCCUACCUCAGUUUCCCCCGUCUCGGGCACUCUUGGGCCUUAUGAGUUAGGGGAAGACAGAUUGGAUCUGAGCUGCCCUCGCCUCAGGCGUGGGGACCCGCUCUGGGACCAGUGCCCAACCCCCUGGGGACUUUGAUGGACUCUGCCCCUUUAACAGUGCAGGGCAGCAGGUGCUUGGACAGAUUCCGGAUCUGGAGGGCCUUCCGGGUGGUGGGCAGCGCCGCCAGAGGUGUGCAGGUGGGAAUGAGUCGGGUUCUGGCUGGUCCAGGAACCCAGGACAGCCAGGGCCAGGCCCUGCAAGCUCGCCAGUGGCCUUGGACUCAGUGUCCCUAGCAGUGAGCUGGGGCUGCCCCCCGCCAGGUAAUUAGCAGGGAUCCUGACCUGCGUCUCUGGCCUCCUGGCCUCUUCUGUGGUGGUUCACUGGGCCUAUUUCCCAGGAGGGUAAACUGAGGCCUGGAAGGGAGCCAGCAAAUGGCCAGGAGAAGACCGGAGACAGGGGUGGAGUCUGCUGUCCACCUGAUUCUCUUUUCCUCAGCAUCUUCUCUGGGGGAGCAGCCCCAGCCUUAAACAGGCCUCUGUGGUCACUUCUGGAGCUCAGCUGGUGGCCGGAGGGUCUGAGCCGGACAGCCCAGUGGUUGGGGAGCUCAGGUAGACCCGACUCUGCCGGCCGCGGUGGCACUUGAACAGGUAGCUCAUUCUCCAGGUCACUCUGUACAGUGUCAGGGCUUCGGGAGGAUUCAGCGCAGGAACCCGUCCCUCCCGUGGCCACGCCUGGGGCCAGCCUCGCAGACCUGCCUAGCCUCAGGGCCAUGGCCCAUGCUGCGCCUGCCGUCAUGCGGCAGGUGCACAGGCGCCAACUUUCAAACCUAACAAGUUGAGUAAAAUGGGCUGGGCCAGAACCUGCCCAGCGGCGGGCGGCUGGGAGGGUGGAGGAGGCGAACCCAGGAACGAGGAGCUGCGCCCAGCCCCGGGACACCUGGGCUUGGCUGAAGGCCGCGCGGCCAGUGGCUGGUGAGUGCUGGACCACGCACUGACCGGACAAGAGGCAGUGCCCCUAAGCGAAGGGACUAGCCAGGCGGCCCUGGGUGGGACGGGUGUCCUGGGCCUGGUUUCUCCGCCGAGGCCUGAGCAGACCAGGGCUCCCGCCCAGUGGGGCUGCUGUGGCCUGCUGCCUGGUUCAGUGAGGGGGUCCAGGGCCGGGAGAGUGUACCCUGAGGUCAGAACUCCAGGUGUCCUGGAGCGACCCACCCAGAGUCUGGUGCUCCAGAACGGCUCGUGCUGUGGGGUGCAGCCAGGUGCUGGGGGAGACCAGGAGCCGGGUCUUGGUGCAGUCACCAGCGUGCCCACUGCCCCGCACAGGGUCAGCGCGCACUGGACACCCUCCCUGGAACCCCACCAGGGGAGUCUAGCUCAGGUGCCUCUGGCGAGGGUGUGAGCCUCAGCUCCCCAGGGUCUCCUUGUCCUUCUGGAGAGGCCUGAGAUGAUGAGGGCUGGGAGGGGGGAGUCCUGUGAGUCCCCACCAAGGGCCCCUUGAGGGAACCUGCCCCCGAGCUCUCACUCCCAAGGGCCAGGGUGGGCCAGCAGAGCUUGCCAGGCCACCGCUACUCAUCGGUGCCUCCCUUUGUCUGUCUUGGCCCUCAGUCUCCCUGGCUGGCCAAUGGGGCCCUUGGAUGACAUCUGUGACAUUGUGUCCUUCUGCUUAUUUAUGCAACAAAUGGGUCCUGGGCACCUCUGACAAGUCAACCUGGUGCAGGGACCAGGGACCCAGCUGACAGAAGGGGACGUGGUGCCUGCCCACACUUGGCUCCACUUGGGGUGGGGAAGUGGUUGUGGCUCUUCCAGAAAAAUCACUGUGAUUUGUUGGAGCUGCAUGAUGAGGAACGGGCCAGACAAAUGGGGACGUUUGUCUGAAUGGGAAUCUGGGAGGGCUUCCUGAGAAGGUGACACAUGAGCCCAGGCCUCAGUGACAUCAAAGAACCGCCACAUGGAGACCUGUGGGGAAGCACUCCAGGCAGAGGUACAGCCUGUGCAAAGGCCCUGGGGCGGGACAAGCCUGGCCUGUUGGAGGCGCAGCAAGAAGCUGAGUGGCUGCGGCAGAGGAGUGCCAGGCUUCUGUUGCUGUUGAAGACCUUCUGCCACGCCGAGCCGCAGCCGUCUGUCCCCGGCAGGUUGGCGGUGGGCUGUGGUGUGUCCCAGCCCCCAGGACAGCCAGCGGGAGGACCCCACCCAGCCUCGGGGUGGCUCCUGAGGACCCGGAGAACCCAGUUUGAGAACCACUGGUGGCCCCCAGCAGGGCCCAUGGACACCUUCAGCACCAAGAGUCUGGCCCUGCAGGCCCAAAAGAAGGUCCUGAGCAAGAUGGCGUCCAAGGCCACGGUGGCCGUGCUCCUGGACGACACCAGCAGCCAGGUGCUGGAUGAGCUGUACCGGGCCACCAAGGAGUUCACGCGCAGCCGCAAGGAGGCGCAGAAGGUGGUGAAGAACCUGGUCAAGGUGGUCGUGAAGCUGGGCGUGCUGCUGCGCGCCGGGCAGCUGGGCAGCCGCGAGCUGGAGCUGCUGGGGCGCUUCCGCCAGAGGGCCCGCGGCCUGGCCCUGACCGCGCUCAGCUUCCACCAGGUGGCCUUCACCUUCGACCGGCGCGUGCUGGUGGCCGGGCUGCAGGAGUGCCGUGACCUGCUGCACCAGGCCGCCGGCCCGCACCUGACCGCCAAGUCCCACGGCCGCAUCAACCACGUCUUCAGCCACGUGGCCAACUGCGACUUCCUGGCCGCGCUCUACGGCCCGGCCGAGCCCUACCGCUCCCACCUCCGCGGGAUCUGCGAGGGCCUCGGCAGGCUGCUGGACGAGGACAGCAUCUGACCCCCGGGCGGCGCCCAGGACUCGGCCCGACCCUGUCCCUCUAGCCAAACCUGCUGGGCCACCCUGUCCAGCUCCUGCAGCAGCAGCUCUGAGGACCCGUGGCACCCUCCUCCCCACCCUGUGUGACAGGCAGGCGCCCAUCAGGGCCAGGUGCCUCACGCCCAGAGCCACUGCCUGCUCAGGCCACCUGUUGUCCUCCCCCGUUCCAUGUCCUGGGCUGACCGCAGGCCACCUGCCUGCUCCCCUCAAACCACUGCGUGGGUUUCCAAAGUAGGGCUUCCCGGUCCUGGUGCUGGACACUGGUCACCCAAGCAGGUCACGGAAGGAAAGGGUGCAAGGGGUCAAACUGUCCCCCAGUCCACGUUCCCCCUGGCCCUGGGAGGGGCCGCCUCUGGAAGGGUGUCCCUGUCAGCACUGUCCCCAUAUGGGGAACGUGGGCCCAGACGCACAAGCGAGGACAUCAGGUGACCGUGGAGGCCGAGCAAGGUGACACUUAAACAAAACAAGGUGCUGAGGACUGCCGGCCACCUCCGGAGGCCAGGACAAAGCGCAUCCCCGACUCGGGGUGGGCAAAGCCAUGUGAGCGUGUCCUUUAAUCAUAAUUUCAUGAUGGAAAUCAACAUUUUCUUUCUGGGACUGCAAGGCUGGGCGCGGCCAGGACAGCGCGGCCACACACAGCAGGCCCAGAUCCGUGGUCAGCAGAGGCCUGGCCUGGCCGUGCAUAGGUGGGGUGGGGACACCUGCGCUGCCCGCUGGGAGGCCGGGCUGUCUCCACCAGCUGUCGGGUGCCUGGGAUGGGCAACCUGGCAUUGAGGUGCCCCCAGGCUGGGCGGGCAGGGCUGAUGGCACCCGGGGAGUCCGUACCCGCUGUCACCAUGGCAGCAGGAGCCGCACAGGGCUCCAGAGCCUCGUCCGGGCACCGUGCCACCCGCGGAGCCCUGUAAGGGACACCUGCUCCUCCAGACCCUGGCUCUCCUGCUGCCCGUGCCGCGGUCAGAGCCAAGUUGAGGGUGGCCCUCGGGGCAUGGCUUCCGCUCGCCCACCCAGAGCUUUUGCUGAGAGCAGCUCCUGCCUCUGCCUGCCGAGGGGACCCUCUAACACCAGGGCAGGGGCCCACCCUGGUGUCCGCAAGAAGCCCCAGGCUGAGCUGGACAGGUCAUGGUGGGCUGCCCCGCCGUGGCCAUGUCUGUGGCCCUGGGUGACGAGCUCCGUUUCUGCCCCACUGGUCACGCGACCUGGGGUUCACUUCAGCUCCACCCGGAUGCGCGGCCGUCUGUUUUAGAGGCUGUGGCUGUCCCUGCAAGGGCACCCCGGUCCUGUGUCCUGGGGGUGGCCAUCAGCUGUCCUGCACAGGCUGCGGCAGCCCCUGCCCCAGGGUGGAGGGUCACACCCCGAGGCCCUGGGGAGGGACUCUUUAGCACUGCCCCCUGGAGGCCGCUCCUGGGGUCCAGGGACCUCCUCUCAGGAGACCUGCACCGAGACCCUUGCUCUGCGUCUUCCAGGUGUGGGCAGGUGCCCCACGUGCUCGGGCGCAGCACAGGGGGACAGCAGUGUCACCUCCAGGGCUGGCCCAGCACCAGUGUGUGGACACCCUGCGCCAGGGCUGGGCGAGGCCAGAGCUUCAUCCACAGGGAGUCGGCUCUGCAGAUGCCGUGACGCAGGCAGGCCACGUCCGGCAGGGAGGACCGUAGGUGCCAGGGGCUGUCCACGGGCUCCUUUUAUUGGUUUUAUUUAUUUAAAUACAAAAGAAGAGUCUGUCCCUCCCGGCUGUCGGGAGGGUGGUCCUGGAGCCGGGUGCUGGGUGGGGUUCAGAGGGAGCAUGUGGCUCCUGUGCCUGGCGGGGCCCCACAGGGACGCAGGCUGGCUCCAGAAGAGCCCUCUGGUUAUGGGGACCAGCGCUCUAGCCCUGGGGGCCAGUGUGCGGUGGAGGUGGGGCUCUGUGCCAGCGGCGGGGUCCCCGGGACAUGGGGGGGACCAGAGCUCCCUGCAGAGCCAGCACUGGGCCGGGCCCCGGCUCCUCCAGCGGGCGACACCCUGCGCCUGGUGGGCAGUCACAGCUCACUGUGGGCGGCCUUGGCCACGAUCACCAGCUUGGACAGCUCAGCCUUGAAGGCCCCGGGCCUGUGGGACACUGCAAGAGACAAGAGCGUCGUCAGACGGCCACAUGCCACCCGAGGCCCAGGAACCUGGGGCACUGUGGGGGGGCAGGGAGGCGCAUCUGGCAGUGGCCCCACGUGGCAGGCUCCGGGUGGCACCAGGUACGAAGCCAGCCUGGGAGAGCCAGGCAGGAGCAGGUAGGGUGGCCGAGCCGCCAGCUGCUGCCCUCUGUGGCCAUGAUCAUCUUCCAGCACCGCGGACGCUGGCUCUCCCCUUGUCAGUGAGUGCGACGGCUGAGGGGGACCCUCUGUCCCUCCCUGGCUCGGCACCUGCCCUGCACAGCCGAACGUGGCUCGAGGACACCGAUGGGCUCAGACCACGGGGAGGACCCCAUGCUGCCCGGCUCCCCCGCUGCCCUCAGCCUCCAGCCCGCGGGCGCCUCGGGUGCCCAGCCCUGUUUCCCAUGGAGCUCGCCCUGGGCGCCCAGCGGCAGUGACUUUCCACACUCGUGUGCAGCAGGCACUGCGGAGCUGGGCUGCGGCCUGAGCGGGCACAGCCUGUGCACCGAGCGCGGUUAACGUUCUUAAAUUGCUUUAAAAAAAAUAAAGAGAUUUCUUUUGUUCCAA